AGUAGGCUAGCCAUCAGCUCGCUACCGCAUGCCAUGUAAAUGUUUUUAAAAUUAUAAUAAUAAAAACUAAUUUAAGAAUUGCCGUUGUAGUGGAAGCAACGGGCACAUGAGUUCACUCGGUUCUUCUUUACGCUUGGCUUUCAGGUCAUCAUUUAAGCCUCUGGACUUUAAAAACUAUUGUACAUUCUCAAGGAAUAUUACACGUUUUCGCACUGUGUUUACUGACUGUCAGAAGAGUUCGAGGUUUUUGUGUCAGCUACAUCAAAAUCGUUUCCUUUGGAACAAAGACAUGCCAAAGAAAGAUAAACCGGGUAAAGGCGCAAAAUCACAGUCAGAGGAGACCAAAGCAGCAGGCCCAGUUUCUCGCAAUAAAAACGGAGGGAUUUCCAUAGCUGUACAUGCGAAGCCUGGGUCCAAGCAGAAUGCCAUUACUGAUGUGUCGUCAGAGGCAGUAGGUGUCGCUAUCGCUGCACCCCCAACUGAUGGUGAGGCCAAUUCUGAGCUUGUACGGUAUCUAUCCAAGGUGCUGAAUGUGAAGAAAAGCGAAAUAGUUCUGGACAAGGGUUCAAGAUCUAGAGAGAAGGUCGUUAACGUCUCUGCAUCAUUAAGCCCCGAAGAAAUCCUCGAGAGACUGAAGGCAGAGUCCACGCAGUGAUUUCUCUGAAGCUGCUUAGGCCUACUUGAUCAAGAAACACAGACAAUGUUUGUGGAAAGCCUACUGAAGACAAAACCUCUGAAUUAUAUUGCCAUGCCAAGUGAUUUGUUAUAAUAACCUACAACAUAUUUCUUCAAUUAGACUACCCUGUUUUGCAUUGUUGAACCAUAGCACAUCAUGGUGGAAACAAGACUUCAGUUUCCAAGUCACUUGAACUAAAACACUAUGCCUGUGGAUAUGUAGUUACCCUAGGUAUUGUUUCGUCAAAAUAUACUGUGAGGGAAAACGAGCAAGCAGGUUAAAGCACAGAACUCCACAGAAAAAUAUAAUCUAGAGUCAAUAUUGUGACGUACUCUAAUGUGGCAACAGAGACUGACACAGUCCAGCAUCUCCAAUGGCCAUGAGAGGUGUUUCAGAUGUGAUUUAAACUGUUAUAGAGACACAUUCAUCACUGAGAAAAAGAAUUUAAUUAAGAUGUUUAAUCAGGGAUUUACAAUUAAUCAAAGUGACAGCAGUCUUAAGGGAUAUUUGUAUUGCUUGACAAAUGGAGAGGUCUGUGGUUGGCAUUUUCAUUUGUUUAAUUUCAUUAAAUCAAAUGGUUGUUGAA